AUGGACGUGGGCACGAACGUCUGGGUCAAGACCACUGAUGCCGUCGUGUGGGCGGCAGGCGAGGUGAUUGGCUACGAUGACGUCACUGGCCUCGUGCAAGUGCGUCGCUCCGAUACAGACACUGUCGUCACGCGUCGUUCGCCAGGAAAUGAAACCGACUUGUGUUUACGUAACAUGUCGGUCAACUUGUCCACGACGUCACGUCUCACGUGUCUCGAGCAUCUGCACGAAGCGGCGCUCCUCCAGGCGCUGAGCGACCGCUUUGCGCACAAUGAGAUCUACACGUUCAUCGGCGACAUUCUCGUGGCACUGAACCCGCUGAAACCGCUCCCGACGCUCUACGCAGCGACGCAAUUGGACGCCUACAAGCGCACGAUGCGCCCGUCGGCGUCGGCGCUGUCGCUCCGCGGCAAUGCGGCGGACAAGAAAGGACAGCUACCGCCUCACGUGUUUGCGAUUGGAGGCAAAGCUUUUGGCGGGUUAUGGAACGCGACGGGACGGACGAAUCAAAGCAUCUUGGUGAGUGGCGAGAGUGGGAGUGGCAAGACGGAGAGCACCAAGUUCCUCAUGCAGUUUCUGACGAGCGUGGGACGGGACGCGGCCACGGACCCUGUCAAAACGAAUGGUGCCGUGGACAUUGGCCGGCGGAUCUUGCAGACGAAUCCGAUCUUGGAGUCGUUUGGGAAUGCGCAGACGAUUCGGAACGACAACUCGAGUCGCUUUGGCAAGUUUAUUAAGAUCCAGUUCAGCGCCCAGCACGAGAUCGUGGGGGCGCAGAUCGUGAGCUACUUGCUCGAGAAAGUGCGCGUGUUGCACCAGAAUCCAGGGGAACGGAGUUUUCACAUAUUCUACGAGCUGCUGGAAGGCGCAGACGCGGAGCUGCUGCGUGGAUUGGGACUGGAGAGGGGAGGGACAUACGAGCUUUUGCAUUCAUAUGGACCUCAAUUUGCGCGACAGCGAGCGAUGACGGAGAGGUACGCGCAUCUUUUCGUUGAGACUGUACGGGCUUUUGAGGACACGGGCGUUGAAGAGCCAGAGCGACUCGCGAUCUUCAAGAUUUUGGCAGCAUUGCUGCAUCUUGGCAAUGUCAAUUUUAUGGUGGCGAGUGGACAGGAAACUGAUGCUACCGUUGUGACUGCGCAAUCGCGGUUUCAUUUGGAGAAGUGUGCUGAACUGAUGGGUGUGAGCGUAAACGAAUUGGAGACGCUGUUGAGUAGUCGAGAAAUUAAGGCUGGUGCGGAGGUGAUGGUGCUGAAGCAUGAUCCGGUGCAGGCGAAAGAGAUCUGCCGAUCGCUAGCGAAGGCUGUGUAUGGUCGACUUUUUACGUGGCUGGUGCGUCGUCUUAGUGACGGAAUCAACUACUAUGACUCGGCCGUGUCGAUCUCGGACGAAAGCGACGAGUUGGCUACGAUUGGCAUUCUCGAUAUUUUUGGCUUUGAGAGCCUGAAUAGUAACGGGUUCGAGCAACUCUGCAUUAAUUAUGCCAACGAACGACUGCAAGCACAGUUUAAUGAGUUCGUGUUCGAGCGUGAACAGCAGGUGUACAUUGCGGAGGGUAUCGAUUGGAGGAACAUCUCGUACCCCAGCAAUGCAGCUUGCUUAGCUCUAUUCGAUGACAAGAGCAACGGCUUAUUCUCACUGCUGGACCAGGAAUGUCUGAUGCCAAAAGGAUCAAACCAAGCGCUGAGCACCAAGUUCUAUCGGUAUCAUGGCGGGGACAGGCUCAUAGAAGCGACAGGGCUCCUCCAACAGCCGCAACUUGCUAAGAGUACUCUGCCGCAGCUGAUGUCGUCUUUCAGCAAGUAUUUGCAUCGAUCCGAGUCUCAAGAGAAAGCUGUCCUUCUGGACCUGAAGAAGCACACUUUCUCUGCGUCAAAGAUGGAACGUGUGAACCAUCAGUUUGUGGUGCACCACUUUGCAGGACGCGUGUGCUACAACGUCGAACAGUUCAUUGAGAAAAAUUCGGAUACACUUCCUGCUGAUGCAGGUAGUAUCCUAUCCUCUUCCAGAAACGAAGUGGUGAAGGCGAUCGGGGCAGAGGAUGACGCGGAUAUGCCAGGUGCAGACAACGCAUCAGCUGGACGGCGACGCUAUUCCAUGCUGCGAGCACCUAGUGUGUCUGCACAAUUUAAGAAUCAGCUGGACCGCCUCUUAGUCCAGAUCGGACGCACGGAGGCGCACUACAUCCGCUGUUUGAAGCCCAACGAACUGAAGAAGCCCGGGGUUUUUGAUCGUGUGAGGGUGGUUGAACAAAUGCGCUCCGUUGGUGUGUUAGAGGCAGUCCGUAUCGCACGUCAUGGAUACCCUAUCCGUCUUGCGCAUGCGAGCUUUAUUGAUCUCUUUUCAGGCUUCAAGUGCUUCUUGAGCGAGCGUGAUCGCUCGAUGACGAGUCAUGACUUAGCACAAGCCCUUGUGGCCGUGUUGUCGGCCAAAGACUGUCGGGAAGACACUGUGGAUUGUAAAGAGAACCCCUCCGGCGUUCUGACUGCUGUCACUGAGUACGGCAACGGACGAGUGCUUGAUCGUAAUGAAUGCCAUAAGGACGUGCAGGUGGGCAAGACGUUAGUCUUUUGCCGGUCUACCACCUACACUCGCUUUUGCCGGUACCGCCUCGAAUUGCGCAAUCAUCGUGCGACUGUGCUGCAGAAGCACUACCGCGGGUACCGGCGCCGGAAAUGGUUUCUGGAGCUGCGUGCCGUUGUGGUGCGUGUACAGGCGAUCGUUCGAGGAUUUCUUGGACGGAGGCGCGUGGACAAAUUGCGCCUAUUGCGUCGAGCAAAUGCUGCCACUCGUAUUCAGGCAUGCUGGAAGCGGUCUUCUGCGCAGCACAAGGUUGAGGAGAUGCGUAAGGCCAAGCGCUACGAUGCCGCGGUUCGCCUCAUGCAAAUGCGCGUUCGUCUUUUCCUGGCACAGCGCCACUUUGCAAAAGCUUUGGAUGACAAACGUUGUCUUGCCCAACGCAAAUAUGACGAAUCGGUGAACGAGAAACGGGAGCAUGCUGCUGCUAGCAUUAUCCAGAAGCAUAGUCGGCGGUGGAUUGAUGAGAACCGGUGUGUUACGAUGAGACUUCAGCGUUUCCGAUUGAUGGUGGCGUUUAAUAAACUGCGUCGCGCGUGUCUGGCCUCGCCGGCAACAAGUGAAGUGGAGGCUGAACCGUCCCCUAGCGAUGAUUGCUCGACGGGUAGUUCUGAGAGAUGCCAAGAGUCUAAAUCAUUUGGUGACGAGCUGACUCGGCCAAGCUUGGAGCAAGAAGACAGCUCAACUUGUGAUGACCGUAUGGAGCCCUUGAUUUGUGUUUCCGCCUCCGCCUACCGCCCUUCCAACAGCAGACAACGUAGUCGCGCGAACAACGGCAGCCACCGACGGUGUAGAAGUAGCAGCCGUGACGUAGACCGCAACACGCUGCUUGAGAACGAGAUAUUGCGCCUGCAGCAGAUGCUCGCGGACCAUCGGAGUGGUCGCGAUGGUCAUUCUCGGGACCGAUGGCGCCGAUCGUUGAAUAACGCUUGCCCACGGCGAAGUGUGCCUAGUGAUGAGCACUCGGUCCGAGCUCCACGCUCAGACCGUCGUCGUUAUUCAACCGAUGGUACUCUAUCCGACGAUGAAGGCGGUGAAAUCGACGAUAAUGUAUCACUUUUGCCUCCGCGCCGCGCGCAGAGUGUGGUGCCCGGGAAGCAGCUCGACCACGUUUCCAUAAUAUCGCGAAAGAUUGAGGAGCUGGACGAAAAAUGCAAGUUUCUGGAACACGUCGUGGCUCGCAAGAACUACGAGGAAGCGACGCACGAGUCUUUUGCGUACAGCCGGGGGUCACUCUGCGGCAGGGAGCGCUUCCCGUCUGCGGACGGCUCCUUGUGCGGUGACCCUUCUGUGAGCGAAGCGGGCUCGGACGUGGACUCGAUCAUUUUCAGCAUUCAAAGCCAGAUGGACAAGCUCCGUCAGUCGAUUGCAGUGAAGGGACAAGCCCUCCAGACGUCGGGUAAAUCCUGUACCAUGUCGUUUUCGUCAAGCACACGGCCAACGCGGUCUUCGUCUGCUGCCUCGACGACAUCGUUUCCCAACUUUCUGAUGGGCGAGGUUCCACGAAGCCUGUCGUCGCUCCCGCUUUCCGAGUCGCAGUUGUCGACCGGUGGGUCGUCCCAUGCAAACAGCCGCCAAAGUGGCGGCAGUUUGCUCGGGUUUCCGUUGACGCCAACGUCCUCGGUAGCGUCGUCGCUUUAUCAAGUGCCAUCACGUUGCGCACCCGCGAAUUUUGGCGGCCCAGGCAUGCCACGCAUCGUGAAGUGGGCCCGGUCUAACAACUGCUACGAGUGUGAGGAGCCAUUCAAUCUAUUCGUGCGGCGUCACCACUGUCGAAUGUGCGGUAACUCGUUCUGCCACGAGCACUCGAACCGACGCGUGUCUGUGUUUGGCAUCGGCUUUGACGAUGGACCUGUGCGUGUUUGCGACAAGUGCUUCACCGAGUACUAUGAAGCGCCACAGGCACCGCUUCCGCCGCAGUAUCCGUCUCAAUACGGCUUUGCAUCCAGCGCAAUGUCCACGUCAUCGCGUUACAAUGGGUUGUAG